CAGUUUAAUGAAUGUACUGUAUAUCCCAGUCCUCAUAUCAUGCAGACAUAUUCUAUGUCUAGUUUUUGAUUGGCUUGUAAUUUUAAUGCAAUUAUUUCUUAUAUCCCCUGGUGGUUUAACGCUACAUUAAAUCUCCUGUUGUCUCCACACCUUUGUAAAUCCCUUUUGUAGCGGUUAAAACAUCUACGCCGAGCGCAACAGAAGUGUCUCGGUGUGUGUGCACUAUGUAACAAAAUCCGGAUUUUGGUGAAAGAAAGGGCCAUUGAGCCCCCGCAGCGCUCUCUGUAAAUCUCUGUGAAGUAAUCUUGGCAUUAGCCAGCCUUCAUUUUGGAUGCAUUACAAUAACAGCUUCAGCUUCAUUCAGCAUAUGCUGUGUUUGGCUACUGCACAGACCGUCAGGCUAUUGCUGCGGUCUUUUGUUAUGUUUAUCAUUAACUUCACAAAUGAAAGCUGGGACAGACUGUUCAGUCUGACUGUCUUAAAAAAAAAAGUUAUAAGUUAUGGGUAACUUGAGGCCACUGCCAUGAUGUCACGAGCUGGCUGGCUCUAAUGUGGUGCUGGGAAUAUGGCUGUAAUGUUGUACCUGAAUUGCACUAUUGUCCCAAAAGGUAAUUAGAAAUAAUGAACGACUGCCAUCCAUCUUAUCUGCCUAGUAGAGUACAAUGUAAUUGCAACCCAUUUUGAUAUAACGCUGCAGAGUUUUUUCUUUUUUCUUUUUUCACAUCAUUGCUCCUUUUAGUUGGGAAUGUGUCUGUCACUUGAACAUGGGGUGUGUCUCUCUCCAGGACAAAGUCCUCACAGCACUGCGGUGUUGCAAGACUUUCUUAUUUACUUGAGCUGGGAUUCCUACUCUGAUGUCACAGACAGUCUGCUAUAGAAGGGAACUGGGCGUAGUUGGCCAGCUGCAUUUUCAUGCGUUGCUGAAAUUGUUUUAGCUGAGUACAUCCACAGAUAGGGACAGAGGAUGAUGAUGACUAGCCCUGUUUGACCCUUCACCUUGCUGCCCAACUUUGGGCCAGCCAGAACAUACAACGGCAAAAAUGUCUGUCCCAGAGUCCGCAGUCUGCGCCCUGUCCGCCCCCCCUUCCAAACCGGAGGUCAAGCCUAGGCCCCCAGUUCCCUCUAAACCCACCCCAGAUCCCCCGCAGACGGAGAAAGGCAUCCCUGGGAAAUCUGGGAAGGUGAAACACAUCGUCAACAAGUUCAACCAGCCGGAGCCAUCCCCGGGUCCGGCCCAAACCCAGGCGCCGUCGCCAGGAACCGGGACCGUUGUCUCCAACGGCUCCAAUGGGGCGGACAAGACGAGCCCCCAGAGACAAGCGCCGGAGGUGAUGCCCAAACCCAGAGUGUCCAAGGGCCCCCAGGCUGUGCCCGACCAGGCCCCUCCUCUUCCUAUGAAACGGAGCCGUCUCCGCAAGAGCCCCAAUGUGCCGGUGUACGGGAACACGCCGGGGGCGAGGGUGAGGAGUGGCUCUGCACCCGUCAUUGUGGAAGGGGGGCGAUCAGCUCCUGAUGGGAAGGAAGGAGAGCUGCUGUCUGCCGCUGGCCUGGAGACGGAGGUGGACAAGUGUCGGGACGCUCCCCCCAGCCCUCGCUGUGUGAGGAACUGCAGCUGUGUGUGCCAUCUGGUGUGUCCUGGCAUGAAGCUGGUGUGGGUACCCCUGGAGGAUGGGGCGGAGGAAGUAACAGAGAAGGUGGUGGGUGCCAGGGGAGAGCAAGGAGAUGAAGAGAGGAGAGGGGAGGGCGAGAGUAGGACAGUAGUGGAGCAGGGGGAUGCUAGACAGGAAGAGGUGGAGGAGGAGGAGGAAGGAUUGGGAGCAGAGGAUGAAGAUGAGGAUGAAGUGGAGUUGUACCUCAGCGGGAGCUCCGACGAGAGCGAGAGUGCAAGUGGUGACGGGGAGUUGACGAGCAAGGCCAAGUUCCAGCACACCCUGGAGCUGGUUGGCGAACAGUUGAGGAGGAGAUCAGACCCUGGGCCACACGUGGUGCUCACCUCCUACACCACCAGCGCCCUCUCCCCCGGGGGCUUCUCCAAAGCCCAAUCCAUGGACGACGACUCGGACAUCUACGAGAUCAACAUCGUGGUGGACGGAGUGAACCAGCGGCCCCACGAGCCCCAGGUCCCGCUCAUCCGCAUCAAGCCCCCUCGAAGAUCCAAGCUCUCGUCCUCGGCGUCUGACGAAAUGGACGCUGCCACGACGAGCGACGACAGCCCCCCUCCAGCCAUCCCACCGAGGGUGCCCCUCCUUCCAGAGAAGCCCUGGGGGGGCAUUGCGCUGCCCCAGCCUUCUCCCGAUGAGAGACGUGCCCUGCGCCAGGCAUCACCUUUGCCCAGUCCCCCAGCCAGCCCACGCCCUCAUAGACAUCCUCCAGUCCCACCUAGCAAACUAGGACAGAAUGGACUCCGUGAUAGCAGUCAGUCCUUAAACUCUCUUCCCCCAAGCACAGAUGAGAUUUGUGAAGGAAAGGAGGAUGUUGACAAAGACAAACCGCCAGUUGCACCGCCUAGGAAGCAGUCAAUAGACUGGGAAAGUAUGGAUGAACCUCUUUACCAGACGUACCGUGAAUCGGUCAUCACCAAGGCCAUCCGCCAGCAGACAGUGUGCCGGAACAUCAGCAAGACCAGCGUGGACUUCCAGAUGGACCACGGCCACCGCCGCGGAUCCGUGGCCUCAGUGAUGGGAGGGAUCGGGGGGGCGCUGGGCUCCAGGGCCAGCCCCAUCCCCCAGGGAGCACGGAGCACGCUCUGGCAGGACCUGCCAGCCGUCCGGGACAGCGGCGUCCUGGAGAAGCUCAGCUCUGACGAGUGCAAGUACCAGGAGAGUAUAUUUGAGGUGCUUACUUCUGAGGUGUCUUACCUGCGCUCUCUGCGCGUGCUGACGGAACACUUCAUGGACUCGCGGGAGCUGCAGGACACCCUCAUCAUCAGGGACAGGGUGCCGCUCUUCUCCAACAUCCUGCGCAUCCGCGAGGUCAGCGAGAGGUUUCUGAAGGAUCUAGAAGAUCGCAUGGAGUACAGCCUAAUCAUCACAGACAUAUGUGACAUCAUCCACUACCACGCCCAGCACAAUUUCCCCGCCUACAUCGACUAUGUGCGGAACCAGAUCUACCAGGAGAAGACCUACACCUCCCUCAUGCGAUCGAACACGGUGUUCGCCGGCGUCCUCCUCCGUCUGCAGGAGUCUACCAAGUGCCAGAGGCUUCCUUUCAUGUCCUUCCUGCUGCUGCCCUUCCAGCGCAUCACCAGGAUCAAGAUGCUGAUCGAGAACAUUCUGAAGAGAACCAAGGAGGGAACGAGGGAGGAGCAGACCGCCUCCAAGGCCCUGGCGUCCGUUUCAAAGAUUAUAGUCGAGUGCAACACACAGGUUGGGAGGAUGAAACAGAUGGAGGAGCUGAUUGACAUCAACAAGACUCUGGAGUUUGACAAACUCAAGGCAGUGCCCAUAAUUUCUCAGACACGCUUCCUAGAGAAACGUGGGGAGUUGCAGGAUGUGGCAAAGGGUGGAACGAUCUUCAAGCUGCGGCCCAAAUCCACACCUGUUUUCCUCUACCUCUUCAAUGACCUCCUCGUCAUCGCCAGUAGGAAGAGCUCCGAGCGGUUUGUGGUUCUGGACUACGCACACCGCUCCCUGGUCCAGGUGAAGGCCCUGGGGAAUGAGCUGCCCAGCGGGGGACUGGACAACUGCUUCCUCCUCACCCUGCUGGAGAACAACCAGGGACGCCUCGUCGAGCGCGUGCUGAAGGCUGCUACCGAGUCGGACGUGCACAGGUGGGUUGCCGCGUUCCCGAAUCCAGACGACAUCGACAGGGAUGCAGAUGAAGUCAUAUAUGAUGACUGGGACUGUCCACAGGUGCAGUGUGUGGAGCAGUAUGUGGCUCAGCAGGCUGAUGAGAUCAGCCUUGAGCCAACCGAGAUCAUCAACGUCAUCCGCAAAACCAAUGAGGGUUGCUAUGAGGGCAUCCGGUUGUCUGACGGACAGAAAGGCUGGUUCCCAAUAGCGAACGUUCUGGAGAUUACCAACGAGCAUGUGAGGCGCAGGAACCUCCGGGAGCGGUACCGUGUCAUUCAGGCGGCCAGCAUUGUCACCGGCAAGGGCCGGCUGACCCUUUAACAGACGGGAAAACUUCAACAACAAAAAAAGCACAUGAACAAAAAGCACAAGACAUUGGGGUGCCUGUGAAACAAUGGGCGGGUGUUCUUCAGUGUUUUUUUAAUCAACCACAAAAUGGUUCUCCCAGGAAGACUCUCUCAAAACUACAGGAUUUAGGCCACGGUGAAGGAUGGAAAAAAAACGGAGCGUUUGUCUGGAGCGCUUGCUACCUUUGAAAACUGACCGUUGCAAUCAUGGAAACUUCCCUGCUGUUUCAGUUUUAUUGCUUGUGAAUAUAUAUAUAUACAGUAUAUAUAUAUAUUUUAAAUAUGGAAAUACAUUUUGCAAACUAUGUCUGACCCUCGUACAUUUUGUGUGUGAGUAUUUCCACACAGCAGCCUGCGCUUAGCUAAAAAAUAUUUGACCAUUCCUGUCCAAAGGAGCCAGUCAAACAUCUGUCAUUUCCACAGCAAUGUGCUGCUGAUCAAGUGAGUCCCUCCCAUUUCCAUAGUGACAGGACCCCCCCUCCUCCCUCCCUCCAGGAAUUCUAUUUCAUUCCAAUCGCUCUUGAGUCAGCCAUCACUGCCAUUCCUGAGAAUCUGCCACUUCUGAUUUUAGCCUGACUGGGAGAAGUCUGCCAUGAACAAGAGCACAUGCUGAACACGGGGCUGGUAUUGAGAGUCCUCCGCUCGAGUUCACCGUGCCAAACCACUAGUGAUGGUUUUCUCAAGAGUUAUGUUUACUUCACUUGGCCACAUGGAACUACAGGAACACGAGAACUGCCAUAUCUUUGGGUUUGUUUACUCUAAAAUGAAGACAAAAAAAAUGUUGCUGCCUUGGAAUGCUCUUAUGUUAAUCGGAAUGUGUAAUUUAUUUUACAAAAAUAGAAACUGGCUUUGAAUUUUAAAAGGUUAUGGUUGAGUUUGCACUGAAGUUAUCGUCGUCAUCCUUAAACUGACCUGUGAUCCUGUUCCUGUGAGGACUUCAGCUACUUGUAUCUUUCCAAUGGUGUCAUUUUUCCUUUUUGUGGACUGUGAACGUGUGAAGGAGCGGAGAACUGAAUGCAUUUGUGUGUCUGUUAAUUUAGCAUAUGAAAGCAACAAAGCUUUAUAAAAAAGCAAACAUCAGGAUUUAAACAGCACAAUAAGGGCUAACUGCUCAUUUUGGUAGAAUUGAGACAGUCAGCAGCUCAGCAUCUACUUGUAGUCAGUAAAAACAAGUACCGCAGGUUUGUCUUUUUUAAUUGUAUAUAUGUAUUAUAUGCAAGAGAGGAUGGAUUUCCUCCCAUUUAAAACUGUUUUAAGUAAAAAAAAUAAAACAAAGUCAUGCCUUUUU